CAACACUGAAUUUGCGUCACAAAGCGGAGAAGCCAUACAAUUGAUGCCUUGAACUGGACCCAAUGAUGACUCCCCAUUGUGCCUCUGUGCAGUUGGUCACACACCCAUCCAGACAAGCCUCAUAUAAAGUGUAUAAGGAUAAUUCCGUGGGAGAGCAGCACUGUUAUUGUUUGUACAGGGAUAGGAUUAUCCUGCUGGGUAAUACCCCAAAGCUGCCAUUGUGCCUGACCUUUAGCUGUGGCAAAACACAACAGAAAUGAACGGAUACCAGUCCCGACCCACCUCCCCAAUAAACAAAGAACCCUUGGGCUUUCCAAAACAAACCCAUUAUGGAGCAGUAGAGCCAUCACAUAAAAGCCAAGCGGCACAUGUUCCUGGUGCUCCAGAUAAGUCCACACCGGUGAGUAUCUGUACAUUCAGCUUCGGGGACAAGCGGCACUGGCUUAGCAGAUCUCAGGGCCCAGCAAUGGGUUCCGUCCAAAACACGACUUACUCUUAAUGCUUGUCUUGCAUCUCUCACCCUUCCCAAACAGUUGCCUGAACAUGAGGAUUUAUAUCUGCCUCCUGCUCUCAUCUGCCCUCUGCACCACCGCACGACCCCACUUUAACAAGGCCAACAACAAUGAAGCCCAAGGAACACAACAAAAGAUGCCAAGCGCUGGUCCAUAUCCUGGUGAAAAGUUUACACAUGGACAAAGGUCUCUACACAGAGGCCCACCAAAACCUAUAUCUGAACCCAAGAACCUGACUAAUCCAUCUGCAGAAAGUCUUGACAGUAAUAAAGGCCAAAAUCUCACAGGGAAUUCUGAAGAGAAGAUUCCUGGAAGAACCAGAGAGACCCAUGGAGAUCACACUUCACAUAAAGAGUGUGUCCAUGCCCUCAUCCAAACAAAAGAUAUGAUGACAAAGCUUAAUCGCAUUAAAGACGCCUUUCUGGCCAACGGCUUUGGCUCUGAAGGACAAGAUUCUUCACACGGAGAAGCCUCUCAUAACCGUCCAAGACAUUCCCCACCACCAGAAGAGCAAACAAAUAAGAGAUUCCCCAAUGCGUUGGGUUCAUUUAAAGAUGUUCUGUCUCAAGAACGCAAAAAGCAUCCGGGAAACGAUAAAGUCUCAGGAUAUUCUGGAAAUAACUUUGCACCUGUAGGACCCAAAGGCCCUGAAAGCAAGAGCUCCUCCCUGUUCUCAGGCAUAAAGGAGAAAUUAGCAUCUUUUGGACAAAAGGACUACCAGAACUUUGCAAGGGACGCAUUUGGAAAACUGCAAAAUAAACUCUCGGAAUUCAAGAAAACCGUAGACUCAUUGAGUCAACAUCUCUCUCCGGCAUCUAAACGAAAUGGAGAAGGUUCCACACAAAGCGAGAUGCAAGAGGAGGACUCCGGGUCUGAGGAAGACACCCGUUCUACAGAGCGCCCUCAAACCAAACAAUCCAAAAGCUACGCAAGCAACCGCUCCUCCCCAGGAGGAUUUCUAUCCAAAAUCCGCGAAAAAAUAAGCGCAGUUAAAGAAAAAGUGAAAUCCGAAGAAAAGAGACGACACAGAAAAGAACGCUCCCUCUUGGGAAACAUUGCUGAUAACUUUAAACAAGCAUCAAGUAAACUCAAAGACUCCGUGGGUGGACUGUUUAACAAGCUGAGCUCGGGUUUUAAGAAUAAAAAGAAGGUGUAACGGGCGACAGUGACCUGAGGCAGCCGCCAACGCUCACCAAAUAAAGGUGCCCCUCAUAAUCACAAGCUCUUCUGCCCACUCCGCUAUAGCCUGGAAUUCACUUGUUUAGAUCCCUUCAGCUUUGCCCAAUGUACCCGCUUAAUAAAAACCUUUUAUUUCCCUCU